AUGAAGACCGGAGAGAGGAAAAGACACCUGAUGAAAGGUGACAUCACGGUCCAGGUGGGAGGAGGCGGAGUCAUACACACUGUCAGAGGAGUCCUGAACAGGUCGGCUGGACGUUCUCGCCUCAGCAGCUGGAGGAAGGUUAAAGGUCACCUGCUGGGGGGUGCAUGGAGCCUCCUGGCUUUCUUCUCGGGCCUGUUGCUGGCUUCUCUGUAUGGACUCACAGCUCUGUUCAUACAGAAACAGCCUCUGUGGUUCUGUGCUUACACCACGCUGGCCAUGGCCUCUCUGGCAGCGUUCGGUAUGGGACUGUCAGCCGGAGUCCGGGCUGACGUCACGGUGAUGCUGCCCUCACUGUGCUCAGCUUAUGGCCGGAACUUCCUCCUCUUCCUGUUCGUCUCUGGGCUGCUGUCCGGCCCGCUCACCAACACCUUAGAAAACACGGAGCGAGCUGCUGCCAGUCUGCUGUGUGGAGCCGAGCUGGCAGCCAAUCAGACACAAGACCUGAUGCAGAGAGCAGCCACGCCCCUCUUCUCUGUGUUGGACAGAAUCAGAGACAUCAGCAGUAAUGCUUAUGCUGUCUCAGGACGAGUCCGUAACUUCAUCCUCGCUCUGACUGACAGCGUCCGACAUGUUGCUCGUACUCUGAGAAACGUCCUCCACUUCCUGGUGGACAUCGGGGACAUCUGUAAUGCCAAACUGGGCUCACCGUACAGGAAGUGCCGGGCAGUGUUCUCUGAGGCUCGGGCCGACUGCUCCAACCUUCUGGGAGACUUCAGCUUCCUGUGUGACAUCGUGGACCGUUUCCUGCCGCUCUGCAACCUGGCCCGCGCUGGCGAGCUCUUCUGCGUCAUCCCCUCCUACAUCGCCAACCAUCUGAAAAAGCGCCUGGCGGCUCCCACCAUCGCAGCGUUUGAGCAAAUGAAGCGCGAGUUUGAAUUCAACAUCUCGGCCUCUGUGACCUUUGACCUGGACGCCAACAGCAGCCGCUCUUUGCAGCAGGUGUCUCAGGACAUCAUGGAGGAGAUUUCAUCAGACCUGCAGGUGUUUCAGAAACUCAGUGGACCGUUAAAGUACGGCGGCUUCGUCCUGCUCGCCUGCUCCUUCCUGAGCGCGGUGCGGUACAGACGACGGUAUCUCCGUGAGCUCGACUUUGACAACGUCUACAUCAGCUCCCAGUUUGAAGAGCUCGAUCAGCAGGUGACAUCAGCGGGCGGAGCCUCAGUCUUGCCAAUCACACGCAGAGAAGCCAAGACCUACAUCACACCACUAUCAUUGUACCUGUCGAGCAGAGAGCAGCGAGCGGUGUUGCGGGGUGUGGUCUCAGUCCUCAGACACCUGAUGAUGGGGAGCCUGCUGGUGGCACUGGACUUCCUGGUGUUCUGGAUGCUGGAUCAGGUGCACCACCAGGUGACGGGGGACGUGGUGGCACGAGCUCCAGUCACCGUGGCCGUGCAGGUGGACGGAUCAGGCUUCGCCUCAGACAUCUUCAGAGACCUGGUGGCUUCGUUUAACGUCCUGCAGGGAGGAAACAUCACAGUGAUCAGCAGGAAGUGUCUGCUGGAGCCGUCACAGCCAAACUACAACACUUGUUUCAUGCUAGGGUUCCUGUUGGGUCUGGCUCUGCUGGUGUCUCUGACUGGAGGAUUCGUCCAACGCUGCAGACGACUCGUCUGCGCUUCAUAUCAUCCAGAGAGAGAGCUGGAGAGGAUCCAGUUCCUCCGUCAGCAGAUCCUGGAUCAGAGGAGGAUGGAGGGUGAAGCCCUGAAAAGGUCUGCAGCCAGGAGGCAAGCUGACGGAGGAGGAGGAGGAGGAGGAGGGAGUCGCCUUCAGAGACUCCUGCUGCGGUUACCUGGAGGAGCUCACCUGUCUCACCUGCUGAGUCUGUCAUCAGCAGUCACCUGUCUGGCCUGUGGAGAGGUGGUGAGGUCAGAGGAGGACAACGUGGUCUUCUGUGACGUCCCUGAGUGUACAGGCCUGUACUGUCGGCCAUGUUUCCACACUUUGGGAAACGCGUGUGUCGUCUGUAUGCGACCUCUGACCUUCCAGGAAGACAGCGAGGAGGAGCUAGACUCCAGCGAUGACGAGCAGCUGAGUUUGUGGUCUGCAGCUCUGAACUCGACUCACAUCGCCGACCUGCGAGCCAGGACGCUGAUGAAGAGGAGGAUCUCCGCAGUAACACGCCGAAGGCUGACAAAGCGCUCAGAGAGUGGAGUCAGAGCAAUGGACGGAGACACUGGAGGACAGGACGUUAACUCAGACUCUGAGCUCAGUGAAGCAGACAUGAUGUACCAGGACCAGCCAGGGUCAGAUGGGUCUGACAGCGAUGCCUCCAUCCACUCCACCUCCUCGCCAAAAACCAGCGGACGCCAGGACGAGGCCCUCGUCACAGUCCUCGUACAGAGACCAGGCAGUGCCCAGACCCUCCAGGACCCGAAUCCCAGGAUCCUGAAGCGGAGCUGUCUGUCCCGGAUCCUGAAGCGGAGCUGUCUGUCCCAGGAUCCUGAAGCGGAGCUGUCUGUCCCAGGAUCCUGAAGCAGAGCUGUCUGCUGGUUUUGUUUC